UCUCCUCUCUGUGUGCUGUUGUCGGGUGCUGCAGUUCAUUCAUGGGAGAGAAUGGCUCGCAAGGGGGCUCCUGGUUUGUCCCCUCAUCCAUCCACCCGCAGUUCCUCUCCCAGCUGUCCCCCUCUGCAGACAUAGCCGUUGCUGUCUUCCUUACCUUCACAGGUGUCGUAUCAUUGCUGGGGAACGGCACGGUGUUGUUAGUUUACAGCAGGAAAAGGAAGAAGCUCAGACCUCCAGAACUCAUGACCAUCAACCUGGCUCUCUGUGAUUUUGGCUUCAGCCUCUUGGGAGCGCCAUUCUUCAUCAUUUCCAGCCUGUGUCAUGCCUGGGUGUUUGGUGAGACAGGAUGCCUUUGGUACGGCAUCCAGGGCUUUGUGUUUGGCAUCGGCUCUCUGCUCACCACCUGUCUCAUCUCUGUGGACCGUUGCCUGAAGAUCUGCUGCUUAAGAUAUGGUCAAUGGAUUGAGAUGCGCCAUGUGUCUCUGUCCAUAGUGCUGGUGUGGGUUUACACAUCGUUCUGGGCCACGCUGCCUGCUUUUGGCUUUGGAAGUUAUGGACCAGAACCUUAUGGGAUCAGCUGCACUAUCAACUGGUGGAGUAUGAGGUCUUCUCUGAAUGACAGAAUCUACAUUUUCCUCAUGCUGAUAUUGUGCUUCGGAUUGCCUACGCUCACCAUCAUCACUUCGUAUUUGGCCAUCCUGCUGACGGUCUACAGAUCUAAUCGCACUCUGGCAUCUAUAACAUCCUCCUUUGUCAGUCACACUAGCAAAGAGCUGAGACUUACAAAGAUGGCCGCCGUGGUGUGCACCACCUUCCUUGUGGCCUGGAUGCCCUAUGCCACCGUGUCUCUGGUCUCUGCACUCAUUCCCAGCGAUGACCAAGAGACAGAAGCUACUGCUAUGGAGGAGUUCACUGGUAUGGCCUCCAGCUCUCCGAAUGGUCCAAAGAUCAUGGACAUCCCUUCGCUGCUCAACUGGACAGCGGAAAAAUAUUAUAGACAAAUCUACUACAACCCUGAGAACAAGUGGAGUGAAGUAAACAAUUCAACCUCCAUUGCUGACCUGAGUGACGCCAUGUUCAGGUCCAAAGCUGAGCCAAUGACCAGGAGCCCCCAGUCGUUGUCCUCCCUCCCACCUGUAGUCAGCUUGAUCCCUGCUAUGUUUGCCAAGUCCCACUGCGUGAUCAACCCUUUAAUCUACCAGAUCAUGAACAGGGAGUUCAGGAAUGACUUGUAUGGGAUUGUGUUCGGCCAAGAGAUGGCAAAGAGGAGGAGAGCGCAGGGGAGGAAGGAGAGCUUAUAUGAAAGUAAGGAAGGGAGCAUAAGCCUCUCCUACUGCCAGAGCUGGAGGAGGAAAAGGAGCUACCCCAUGUCUUUGUCUGUCGAAAUAAAAAACAUGAAUCAAGGCAGCAGUAGUAGAGGGAGAACAGACUCCUGUACAAGUAAUAUCUCAGUGGGGGCUGAUGCUCUGGACUUUGAGUCCUUAGACACUCAAGGCAACAUGGAGAGACACUGCAGCAGCACCGGUGGACGAAGAGAUCUGAGAGGGUCCACAUCUAGCACACUCACUGUCUGAUAGAUAGAUAGAUAGAUAAAGUUCAAAUGUGUGCAGUGAAAAUGACUUAUCCUUGGACUAAUGUACCAAAAUAAGUAAAAUCAACCUGUGUGGGUUUACCGUGGGUGUACAGGGCCUUUUAGUACUUUCUCACAUUCUGACCAACAAUAAAAACAUUGUAUUUAUCACUUAUAAAACA